GCCUCCUUCGGGGCCAGGACACGUCUACGGACGCAACGAGCAGAGCGGCACGACUGCUAUUCACUGCGUUGGGCAUGAUGCGAAUUGGGAGCCGGUAUUCAGCGAGGUUCCUCUGCCUGUAACUUCAGGUGGAACUAUAGUUUCGCGAUCCGGGUAUCGUGACGAUUACCGGCGAGACGCGGGACCCGGUUUUGAUGGCGAGCCCGAGUUUGCAUCGACCUCGAUCACAAAAUCGGAGGAACUCGCUGGCAGGGCAGCCGGGUCGGGACGAAUGGCAGAAUUCCAUGCCGGCCUCACACCAAGACGAUCGAUUCGAUGAAAGACCUUACACUGAUCAGUCUCGAGCAGAUACACAUGAGUCCCGUCAAAGGCGAGGCAUCAUGAAGGCGACUAAACGACGACGUCAGCAGUAUUCAGACAACUCAGACGACUCAGGCGCCCGGCCUUCUCAAGUUCGAGGUGCAAACGUCCGCUUCACUGAUGAUGAAUCGAUGGGCAAUUCUUACGUGACUGACUCAUAUUCGGGGGGCUGCAUGCCACCCGGACCUUCGGGUCAGCCCUUGCGAGAUAUUCCGCACGAGGAGAUCACCGCGGCAAUGCAUAACUUGGGCAUGUCAAGCGAAGGUUAUCACCAGCCCUCUGUAAGAGAUCGCCAACAACCAGGGAGGUUGGUAACAAUCGUUCGGCUUGGGGUGAGAGACGAUCAACUGAAAGGGGCAUAAGCGGAUCAAACUUAGACACGUCCAAACUAUCCAAAUCGUUCAAAUCAUUUUUCUGAUUACUUCUCAAUCCACUUUCACCCUCUACACA